GAGUGGGUCUCGGCGUCCCAAGACACAUUUGCUCUCAUGUCCGGCAUCCUAUCACUAGUCCAUCCUAAGCAGUAUGCUCAGGGUGUUCAAUGUAUGGAGAAGAUUCUUGGGAACAGUGACCUCCGACAGCACGCCGAACAAUGGGCGUGUGUCUUCAACGCCGUCAGUGCAUUGGCAAACAGGGAAACACCUUUUCACCGAGAUGGUCUGGGUGCGUUCCCUUGGUAUGACAUUCUUCUGACUGUGGGGAGGUAUACUGGUGGACAACUGUCCUUGCCAGCCCUUGGCAUCGACCUGGACUAUUCCCCUGGGACCGUGGUUCCAUUAUGCGGGAAUAUCCUUCGUCAUGGAGUUCCCCAUUGUGAAGGCGAACGAAUAUGCUUGGCUUAUUACAUGCGUGAAGCAGUUCACAAAUGGGCUGGUACUGGUAACGCUGGAUGGUCGGGAGGACCAGAUGCAGAGUAG